ACAUUAUAGGCAUCCAGAAGAUGUAUAUGAUCGCAUCUGGGCCAGUUAGACUUAUAGUGGAAGUUGGUCGUCAGUCAGCAACAUGACAAACAUCGUGACAAGUACAAGGAAUGAUGCUUACAAAGUUCCCCCUAAAGUUCUGAUGACCGCCACGCUGGUACAAAAUGUCACUGAUCCUUUGAUUCUGUCCUGGAACUCAGCCAACUCCACCACUGUCUGGUAUAUAUACUUUCACUUUGUGGAGUUGCAACUGCAAAAGGGCCUAUUGGGCCUAUUCAGAGAACUUGCAGUAUAUGUACAAGAUAUAUACGUGGACACCAUCAUGCUCGAGAACCUAAAGCCAGUGACCGUAGCCUCAUUGCCCAUAAGAGGACAUGUUUUGAACUUGACUGUUAGUACGACGGCCCGCUCUAGUCUGCCACCUCUCCUCAAUGCUGUCGAGAUUUUUACAGUGGCGCUGCUUCCAAAUACACCAACUUUUCUGGAUGACUUCAAUUCCAUGUAUGACGUCAAGAAAAUAUAUAGGGUGAUCAGAGCUAGCUGGCAGGGUGAUCCUUGCGUUCCUCCACAGUACUCUUGGAGCGGACUGAAUUGUAGCUAUGAUGGUUCUCCAAGAAUCGUCUCAUUGAACCUGAGCUCUAGUGGACUGAAAGGACUGAUAGCUACAUCGAUCUCCAAUUUGACAGCAGUUGUAUCCUUGGAUUUAUCCGACAAUUCGUUAAUAGGGUCCGUUCCCGAAUUUUUAGCACAAAUGCCGAGCUUGAAAGUUCUGAAUUUAAGUGGAAACAACUUGAAUGGCUCUGUUCCUCGAACACUCUUGAAGAAGAAGGCAGAUGGAUCGUUGCUACUAAGCUUAGAUGGAAAUCCAAAUCUUUGCCAAUCAGACAAUUGUCAGUCCAGCAAUGAUCAGCCAAAGAAAAAGGGCAUCUCUACUGCUCCAAUCAUUGCGUCAGUUGCAGCUGUUCUGGUCUUGGUUUUCUUAGGAGCUCUUGCAGUAUUGUGGAUAAUCAGAAGAAGACAAAUCCAAAAUGUUGCUACUAUUACUACUACCAACACUUCUGAAGGAUCUACUGGGACAUUAAAGUUGUCAAAAAAUCGACCUUUUACGUCCACUGAGGUUACAAGACUUACUGAUAACUAUAGUACAGUAAUUGGAGAGGGAGCAUUUGGGAAAGUUUACUUCGGUAGACUUGACAAUGGCACUCAAGUCGCAGUAAAAAUGUUAUCUCGAUCAUCAAAGCAAGGCUACAAGGAGUUUCACGCAGAGGCCCAACUCCUGAUGGUCGUUCACCACAGAAAUCUGGUUUCACUUAUCGGAUAUUGUGAAGAAUUUGAAAAUAUGGCGCUGAUUUACGAAUUCAUGUCCAAUGGAAAUGUACGGCAACAUUUGUCAGCACACAACCCACAUGUUUUGAGUUGGAGCCAGAGACUAGAAAUCGCAAUCCAUGCAGCUCAAGGGUUGGAGUACCUGCAUAAUGGCUGCAAACCUUCCAUUGUCCAUAGAGAUUUAAAGACGCCCAACAUUUUACUAAAUGAAAACAUGCAAGCGAAGAUUGCUGAUUUUGGAUUAUCGAAGGCAUUUGCAACAGAGCAUGAUUCUCAUAUUUCGACUUGCCCAGCUGGAACCCCUGGUUAUCUCGAUCCGGAGUUUCAUACAUCUGGAAACUUGAGCAAGAAGAGCGAUGUGUACAGCUUCGGCGUAGUUUUAUUCGAGUUAAUCACGGGCCAUCCUGCCAUUAUAAGAAGUCCACAGGGCAGCAUGCACAUACUUCACUGGGUGACUCCACUCAUAGAAAGAGGGGACAUCCAAAGCAUUGUCGAUCCGAGGUUAAACAGCCAAUUCAGCAUAGGUUCUGCAUGGAAAGCAGUGGAAAUAGCCAUGUCGUGUGUGCCGAUGAUGGCUGUCCAAAGGCCGGACAUAAAUCGUGUUCUGUCGGACCUAAAAGAAUGCUCGGCGGCAGAGAUUGGUUCCGGACCAAGCCAAAGAAUAGGAGAUAGUAGGAGAAGAAGUGAGUCUUUUGAGAUGACCUCAAUGGACCAUGAUAUUGCUCCGGAUGCGCGUUAACUAAGUUGUUGAUUAUUGGAUUGGAACAGAUUUGAAAACUUUUGUACAGAGUCUGAGCUUGUGACUUUAAACUAUGAGUGCCGCAUAUUGAGGUUGUUUG